UCUGGAGUGAUCUGCGGUGGCUGUCCACUGUUUUGCUUCUUACAAACACUUCCCCGCUACAUGUGGUGGGACUAAGAGCUUGUGUACAUCAGGCCUACUUAGCUACAGGCACAGUUGGCAGCACAUCCUGGCAUCCAAUGAUAAAGUUCUUCUGAAGACAACUGUAAAUUGUCUUUGACAGCAAUGUCUUACAUCAGUAGACUUAUCUUCUAUGUCAAUGGAAAGAAGAUUGAAGUUGAGAAUCCAGACCCAGAAGUUACUUUGCUGCAAUAUUUGCGGUGUAACUUAAGACUGACAGGAACUAAACUAGGAUGUGGCGAAGGUGGUUGUGGUGCAUGUACUGUCAUGGUCUCAAGAUAUUUACCAAGUGAUGACAAAAUACAACACUACAGUGUCAAUGCAUGUCUGGCUCCAUUGUGCUCUAUGCAUGGUCUGGCUGUCAUCACUGUGGAAGGCAUUGGAAACAUGCAAGCUGGCCUUCACCCAGCACAGGAAAGGCUAGCUUCUGCUCAUGGGUCUCAGUGCGGCUUUUGUACUCCUGGGUUUGUCAUGUCUAUGUACACACUUCUCCGGAACCAUCCAUCACCUUCUGCACAGCAGCUGGAAUCAGCCUUUGAUGGGAAUCUUUGCCGUUGCACUGGUUAUCGUCCUAUUAUUGAUGGCUACAGAUCAUUUAUUAAGAGUGGAUGUGGGAAAGAUAACUGCUGCAUGGUUGGAGGAAAAAAUGCCAGCCUGACUGAUGGAUCUGCUGAGGAGACAAAAAUUUCUCAAGAAAAAGUAACUUUGUAUGACCCUACACAAGAACCUAUUUUCCCCCCAGAUCUCAAAAUUAAUCAGAGGCAUCUUCAAAGCCAGCCUUUGAAAUUUAUGAGUGACUGCAUCACUUGGUAUCGACCAACAUCACUGAAAGAGCUUUUGAGAUUAAAACAGCAGCAUCCUGACUGCCGAAUGGUUAUUGGCAACACGGAAAUAGGAAUUGAGACAAAGUUUAAGAAGCAGUACUAUCCAGUCCUUGUUGCUGUUACCAAUGUUGCGGAGUUGUUGGUUGUGGAGUACACUGAGGAAGGGAUCAGGUUUGGCUCAUCUGUCACUCUGAGCACACUGGACAACACGUUAAAAGAGGCUGUGAGAAAAAUGUCAGAGUCCAAGACUAGAAUAUUCUCAGCAUUCAUCGAGAUGUUGCAGUGGUUUGCUGGGCAUCAAAUACGAAAUGUUGCAGCACUGGGUGGUAACAUCAUGACCGCAAGUCCAAUAUCAGAUCUAAACCCUCUCCUUUUGGCAUGUGGGGCUGUGCUUCAAGUUGUUGGCAUAGAUGGCACAGUCAGGAAGAUCGUAAUGGAUUCCAAGUUUUUUGUUGGAUACAGACAAACUGUUGUGCAGAAAUCAGAAAUCCUCGUUUCUGUCCUGAUUCCAUUUUCACAAGAGAAUGAAUACUUCCUUGCAUUUAAGCAAGCCAACCGAAAAGAAGAUGACAUUUCUAUCGUCAAUGCAGGUUUGCGAGUUUUGCUGGAAAAAGAUACAUCAGUUACUGAUGCAUCAUUUGCCUUUGGUGGCAUGGCCCCAGUCACUGUUAUGGCAACCAAAACCAGAGAAGGCAUUAUUGGACGGAAGUGGAAUGAAGAAUUGCUGUCCAAUGCUUGUCAACUGUUGAUGGAAGAUCUUCCUCUGGACCCUAGCGCCCAAGGUGGCUUGGUUGCAUUUCGUCGGAGUCUUACUCUCAGUUUCUUCUUCAAGUUUUAUUUGUCAGUUCUGAAGUCUCUUCACAAACAAAAUCUGGCUGUAGAAGUACCUAUAAAACAAAGUUACCUGAGUUCCCUCCAGCCUUUGGAGCGAUCACUGCCUAGGGGUAGUCAGGUGUAUGAAGCUGUACAAGAAGGACAGUCUCCUGACGAUGCCCUGCAUCGGCCUCUUGUUCAUCAGUCUGCCUACAAACAGGCCUCUGGUGAAGCUGUGUACUUAGAUGACAUACCUGUCUCAGAGGGUGAGCUCUUUGCUGCAUUUGUAUUCAGCAAGAAAGCCCAUGCUUGCCUUGUCAGUGUUGAUGCCACACCUGCACUUGGUAUACCAGGUGUGGUGGACUUUGUCUCGCAUAAAGAUGUGCCAGGUAGCAACGUGUGGGGAGUUGGAGAGGAAAUCUUUGCUUCCUCAGAAGUGGUGCACCAAGGCCAGGUGAUUGGGGUGGUGGUGGCAGAGACACAAGUCAUAGCACAGUGUGCUGCGACUGCUGUGAAAGUUGAGUAUGAAGCAUUAGACAGCACCAUCACAAUCAAGGAAGCCAUCAAAAAGGGUUCUUUUUUCCCUCCCAAGCAUGAGAUCAAACGUGGGGAUCUUGCAGCAGGUUUUACAGCAUCUGAUCAUGUUUUGGAGGGGAAGGUUCACAUAGAAGCUCAGGAACAUUUCUACUUGGAAUGUCAUUCUGUGCUGGUAAAACCAGGUGAAGAUGAUGAGUUGGAGGUGAUUGCAACAACACAAUGGCCUACAGGUGUUCAGGAAUGCCUAGCCCUUGCUUUGGGUGUUCUUCAGCAUAAAAUUGUGGUUCGAACAAAAAGGCUUGGUGGAGGGUUUGGUGGGAAAGAGAGCAGGAGCAUACCUGUAACACUUCCAGUUGCUGUUGCUGCUAAAAAAUUGAAACGCUCUAUACGCUGUACUCUGGACCGCGAUGAGGACAUGAUGAUGACAGGAACACGUCAUCCAGUUCUUGGCCGCUACAAGGUGGGGUUUACCUCAAAUGGAAAAAUUCUUGCACUGGAGGUGGACAUGUACCUUAAUGCUGGUGUAUCUACGGAUAAAACAAUUGGAGUGAUGGACCGGGCAUUAUUCUACUCUGACAACUGUUACAACAUUGCCAACAUUCGGACCACCGGUCACAUGUGCAGAACUAACCUUCCUUCCAGUACAGGAUUCAGGGGCUUUGGUGGCCCUCAGGCCAUGAUAAUUGCAGAAACGUGGAUGAGUCAUGUGGCUAAUUCCCUUAAAAAGCCACCACAUGAGGUGAGAGUGAUGAAUUUCUACCAAGAGGGCAGCUUUACUCACUUUAAUCAGGUUUUGGAGCAAGUGACAUUGCAGCAAUGCUGGAAAGAUUGUUUAAACAUGAGUCAGUUUUCUGAGCGGCGUAAAGAAGUCACCCUCUAUAACAGUGAAAAUCGUUGGAGGAAAAGAGGACUAGCCAUCAUACCCACCAAAUUUGGAUUUUCCUUCACCAAACUUGAUAUGAACCAGGGUGGGGCACUGGUCCACAUCUAUGUGGAUGGAUCAGUUCUUGUGGCACAUGGUGGUGUUGAAAUGGGACAGGGGCUGCACACAAAGAUGAUACAGGUUACAAGCAGAGUUCUUCAGAUUCCAACAACAAAAAUCACAAUCCUGGAAACUGCAACUAAUACGGUGCCAAACACUACAGCCACUGCAGCCAGCAUGUCAUCCGACAUUUAUGGGGAAGCUGUCCGGGAGGCUUGUCAGACUCUUCGCACCCGACUGGACAGUUUUAUCCACUCCACUGGCAGGACAGGGAUGAGCUGGGAGGAACUUAUUCGAGCUGCCUAUGAGAGUCGAAUAAAUCUAUCUGCUUCUGGAUUUUGCAUUAUCCCAGACAUUGGCUAUGACUUCAGUACUGGAGAGGGCAAGCCAUUUUCUUAUUUUGCUUAUGGUGUUGCUUGUUCUGAAGUGGAGAUUGAUUGUCUAACUGGAGACCAUGUGGUCUUGCGGACAGAUAUUGUGAUGGAUGUUGGGAAAAGUUUAAACCCAGCUAUUGACGUUGGGCAGAUUGAAGGGGCUUUUGUUCAGGGUUAUGGACUAGUGAUGUUGGAGCAGUACAAGGUGCAGCCAGAUGGCACUCUGCUGACACGAGGCCCAGGAACCUACAAGAUCCCCAGCCUGGGCAACAUUCCAAAAGUGUUCAAUGUUUGUCUUCUCCAGAACAGCAGAAACCCCAGAGCUGUUUUCUCAUCUAAGGGCAUUGGGGAGCCUCCAUUAUUUUUGGCUACAUCUGUGCUCCAAGCUGUUCAAGAUGCAGUAGCUUCAGCAAGACAGGAUGCUGGUCUAGAACCUUUCAUUAUCCUGGACACCCCAGCUACCCCGGACAUCAUUCGCAUGGCCUGCCAAGAUCAGUUCACAAAAGAGUUUGAAAACCUUCCUGUGAAUGGACCUGUUCGUCAAUGGUUUGUGAAAUUAUGAUGACUUUAUGACCUUCAGACUUCCCUAAGAAUAUCACCAGCAUUUUUUACAGACGCUUCAGGUCACAAAGAUCACAUGGCCACAGAUGUUUUGCUUUGUUGUGUUCGUUUGUGAAAUAACACAACAGAUUGUCAGAACUUUGUCUACAGUGAUAUAUAGGCCAAAUUUUAUUUGCAUUCUUUGGACUUGUGACAAUAAAGACACACGUGCUCAUGGAAGUAUGUGCACACUUCUAAAGAUUAAUGAACUACGUUUCUUUGUUAUCCAGACCAGCUGUUGAGAAAAUCAUGUUAGUAAAGAAACGAUUGGAAAACAGUUUCUUGGAUAAUCUGGGUUGUUUAAAAUCUAAGAAUCAUUAAUAUUUGACUUCAUAUUGAAAUUGUAUGCUAAUAUUGUACCCAUAAAGCAUAUAUAUAACUUGUAAUUGCUUUUUUGAGAAGAAAGGACAAAUUGUAAGAAAUAUGAUAAAAUGUGGUUGAAUAUGUAUGUACUUGGAGGGAGUCAUUUUCAAAAUACUUUUGAAAAUUUCUUCUUAUAGUUAUUUUAGGAUGGAAGCAUAUAUAUAUAUAUAUGUAAACCCAUCAGGAUAUGCAUUUAUACACAUAAUAACGACUUCCAAUUAUAGAAAAAGAAGAGAAACUAAGCUUUUGAAAAAUAUAUAUUUCUAAAAUAUAUCAUUGUGAGUAGAUUGUAUGUGCUAUAUAUAAUUACUUAUUACUAUCAUAUAUUGAGUAGAAACAGACCACAUCAUAAAAUCAAAUUCUAAGAACGAAAGGACAAAGUUGGCCGUCAAGUUAGACAUAGAGAAAAUAACUGUCAUAUUUUUAAGAUAGAUCCGAAUGCCUACACUCAUGGUAGCCACAAACUCUUAAUGUAUACAUUUUAACAGAAGGGCAGUCUUAGUUAACUACAUUUAUUCUCUUUAAUAAUAUUUUGUGUUGUUUAUUGCUUUGUGCUGUUUAUACACCCAUAAAAGUUCAUCAGAAUCCGACAAAAUGCACUGUAAUAUUUUAUAGCACUUGAUAUGACAAUGUGUUGUCUAAUUUCUUUGUCACUUGAAAACCUUUUGACAUCUCUCAUGGAGAUGGGAAAGCUAAUCUGGUGUGUAAAAAGUAUGGAGUAUGUGACUUACCAUUAGUCAGCUUUGUACCUUCAACUUUGUGCUAUAAAUGAUAGUUACUGUCCGCUAUUUCAUUAUCUCUCAUAUUAAAAUAGCACAUUAGCACAGCGGCAUAGAAACAUGGGGGGAUCAGCUGCCCCGUCAAUAAAGAUUC